AUGGCGGCGCCUGGGCCCGCCGGGCCGCUGCUCCCUGGCCUGGGGCAGGUCGAGAAGCUGGGCUCGGCCUCACCGGGUCCUGCAGCCCCAGGGAAGGGGGGAAGGCAGGAGAUGGACUCGCACAUCAGUGCCUGGUCGUGGGUUUUGCAUUUAAAGCGGUUAAUUCUGAAAGCAUUUGCUGCUGUGGAAGCCCGCAAAUUCACAGACAAGCAUGAAUGGGUAUCUGUUGAAAAGGGCAUUGGAACAGUAGGAAUCAGCAAUUUUGCACAGGAAGCAUUAGGGGAUGUUGUUUAUUGUAGUCUUCCAGAAGUCGGGACAAAACUGAGUAAAAAUGAUGAGUUUGGAGCUUUGGAAAGUGUGAAAGCUGCUAGUGAACUCUACUCACCUCUCUCAGGAGAAGUGACUGAGAUUAAUGCUGCACUUGCAGAUAAUCCAGGACUUGUCAAUAAAUCUUGUUAUCAAGAUGGCUGGCUUAUCAAGAUGACUGUGGAAAAACCCGCUGAACUUGAUGAACUGAUGAAUGAAGAUGCCUAUGAGAAAUACAUAAAAUCCAUUGAGGACUGAGCUGGAAUAAUGAAAUAAAUCCAUAUAAAAUA